AUGAGUGAACCGGCGUACCUAUGCCUAACCCCCAUGUAUCGGGCAAUGUACCCUAUUGAAUCGCCGAUCUAUUUGGGUGACAGCUCCAUUCUUCCUAUUAAAUACAGCCUCCGGUCUAUUGCACCUAGUUGGCCCCCCUCUAGACAGAACAGUAUUGAUGACUAUAAUUCUGAUUAUCUGGAUAUCGAAAUGCCUGAUCAAGAUACUACUCAUCCCUGGAAGAGCUCUAUAUCCAUCGACUCCCCUAGAAGCGACGAUGAACACAACUCUAUCCUUUUCAGAUAUAUUUUAAACCGUUUCCCAGAGUCCAACCCAGCUGCUUUAUUGUCUGCUUUGCCUUUCGGAGAAAAUGAGAUGAGCCCGCCACCGUAUGUUCCAGAGGAAUUGCCACGCACCCUGCGCGAUCGCCAGUAUUUCGACGCACCACCAGAUGCUGAUAACGAUUGGAAUCAAUAUUCCCUCUUAUUCUUCGAUAGUCAGCCACCAAAGGAGGAAGCCAGUCCAGCUGACUCCCUAUUCAAUAACUACGAGAGCUCGGACGAAUCAAUUCCGCCGUUAUCGCCAUCAUCUCGCCUUGCCUGGAAUGGAAGCCCAAGCAAUUUUAUUGCCCAUGUUGGAGGUGGGUUUUUGGAACUUACACCUAGGUCUGGUUAA